CUGGAGUUGAGUGUCGUGCACUCACCAGUCAGUAGUUACUGAGAAAGCGCGAGGUGACGAGUUCCAAUUGAGGCUUGAAGUGAUAAUCGGUGAAUAAUGAGUCUAGCUGAGGGUGAGCUGCCGUCGGUGGUUGAAUUGAAUGUGGGUGGAGUCUUUUACACGACAUCGCGAUCAACCCUGAUGAAGGAGAGUGAGUCGCAUUUGUCAGCGAUAUUAACUGGCAAGACUAGUCUCGAGAGGGACUCCAAGGGGCGGUACUUCCUGGAUCGCGAUGGGGUGCUCUUUCGUUAUGUUCUCGAUUUCCUCCGCAAUGACUCGUUGAUUCUACCGGAGGCAUUUCGCGAGCGCGAGAGACUACGCUGCGAGGCCGUCUUCUACGGACUGCCGGGCUUGGAGAGGGCCAUCAAGGAGCCCAAUGGUAAACGUCCAGUUGGCUACAUCACUGUUGGCUAUCGCGGCAGCUUUGCCUUCGGUCGGGAUGGCCUUGCCGACGUCAAGUUCAGGAAGCUCUCCAGAAUACUUGUUUGCGGACGCGUUGCGCUGUGCAGGGACGUCUUCGGGGAGACCCUCAACGAGAGCCGGGACCCCGAUCACGGCAUGUCCGACAGAUACACCUCCAGGUUCUUCCUCAAACACAGUUUCAUUGAGCAGGCCUUCGAUAUGCUCCAGGAGCAGGGCUUCAAACUUGUUGCUAGCUGUGGAUCGGGCACUGCGGGCGGCAGUGCUGAGCAGCUCAAACCCGGGGUGGAUUCCGAGGAGAAUCGGUGGAAUCAUUACAAUGAAUUUGUUUUUGUUAGGGAGUAAGGGCUGCGGGGACCGCUCGAGGUGCAUUCGCAACAAUAAUCUUGACAAUGAUACGCGCCUAUCGCUGUACGUAGACACAUAAUUGAGGGGUUUGGGAUUUUACGGGGGGUCAUUCUUUGAGCGGGGGGCGAUAGCGAGCAUUGGGUUCAGUUUUGCGUUCUUAGGCGGUGGUGGUGUGGGGAGCUUGAGGAUUAGUCGGUGGGGGGAUGGUUUUCACGAUGAUUUGGUCUUUUGGUAAGGUAUUCUACUACUUUAGUACUGAAUUGGGUCGGUAAUUGGGGGUUUUUAGAGAGGUUCAGCUUAACUUAUUCUAUUUUUAAUUCGAGAUAUUUUUUGUAGAAUUUCUUUGGCUCCAAUUUUCAAAUUUUUGUUUCGUGGUAUUGUUCUUUUUUUUCUUUUCAGCGUGGAAAUCAAACGAAAGAACUGGAAUUUGAGCCAAGGAAAUUAUAUGGAAAAUAUCUCAAUGGAAUAAGUUGUCUAGGAAAAUCGAAUUCUUUUGACGCUUUUUAUAGAAUAUUUCCGAUUGACCAUUUCAAUAGAGUCGAUGAAAAACUAAUAGAAAGUUCAAUAGAAAUCAAAUAGAAAAUAUUCUGUAGAAAAAGGCAAUAACAUCCAAUUCUGCUAUUUUUGCUGUAUAACUUAUUAUGUUCAGAUAUUUCUGUAGAAUUACCCCGGUUCAAAUUUUCCAAGGAUUUUUUUCAUUCUACACUGACAUAAAAACAGCAGAGUUCUCAAACAAGUCUUAU